UGUCAAUGGCGCUUACUUCUCGGCAUCAUCGCUCUCGUCUCCUUCUGCGACUCUCCAUGCUCGAGAUUGCAUUCUUCUGAUACGGUCUACUUCUUCACCUGGAUCGUUUAUGUGUUCGUGUUGCCGAUUCUGAUGCGCAGUAUCUGAAACUCGGUGAUCACAACUUCGAGAUUGCGAAUACGGUGAAAACUGUGGUUACAACAUUUUUCCGGAGGAUUUUUAACUCUUAGCCGCGUGGAGAUUUGGAGCUGAGACCAUAAAUUUUGGGCUGAAUUUGCUAAAUCGAUUCAAUCGCCUUGCCUCCCUGCGUCUGUGGGCGAUUAUGGCCAGCCAUAUCAUAUAGGACUGAUGUGGACUUGAAGGCUGUGAGUGCUGAAGUUCUGCCGUAUUGUCUGUUCAGACUCUAGUGAGAUCAUUGGUUAAGCUGUCCGGUUUCUGCCGAGUUUUCCUUAUAUUUUGAAGACACAGGGCAUAGAAGAUUAGAAGAUAUAUCAGGCAGAUCUAGUGGUUCAUGAAACAAAUUUAAUCGUAGGAGUGUCUUGUUGGGUGCUUCAAUCAGUCAAGCCUUUUGAAUCAAUGUCACCACUUGAUUCAAAAGGUCUGAAAGCUCGCUAGAGCUAAAGGAAUAGCUGGUGAAUUGCCUCAUCACAUCGAUAAAUCCUGAGAAUUGUCUUCUACCAAGUUAGAGAGAAUGCGAAUGGGAGCAUCUCUAUACAAACAGACAGGGAGAUUUCCUUGAAUUUUGUAAUGGAUGUGAGAGGAACCUUGGAUGUAUCAUCAGAUGGUGCUCUCAAGCAUAACAAGAGCUUUGAUCGUGGCAAUAAUCGGGUAGAUCAGCACGUGUACGAAGAUCUUUCUCAAAUUCUUGGGUUGACUAGGAAUGGAUCUAAGGGUCCUUCUGUUACAUCUGUUUUUGCAUCUCAGCAAGGAUGUCUUCUAGAGCUUCAAAAUGAGAGUUAUACUGAAAAGUUAUGUAGGGGCCUCAAGGAAUGUAAUGAUGCUGAGCAUAUGCAUAGAAAAACAUUAAGUGAGUUGAAUAGUGAUCUCCAAAAUGAGAUCCAGAGUUCUGGUUCCACCAUUUAUUUAUCAGAGAACACUGAUAAUGGAUUAGGACUUCCGAGUGAAGCCCCUGCUUGCAAAGUGAAAAUUCUCUGUAGCUCUGGAGGAAAAAUAUUGCCAAGACCAAGUGAUAGAACACUUCGGUACGUAGGAGGGGACACUCACCUUAUCUCCAUUCAUAAGGAUGUUUCAUGGGGCGAACUUGUGAAAAGAACUUCUGCUAUAUGCAAGCAAGCUCAUGAAGUUAAGUAUCAGCUUCCUGGGACGGAACUUGAUGCUCUUAUAUCUGUGUCGUCUGAUGAAGAUUUGAAGAAUAUGAUGGAGGAAUACCUGGGCCUGGAAAGAACUGAAGAUUCUCCUAGGCUACGGAUAUUUCUCAUUCCUUUGGUCGAACUUCAAAAUGCAUCUUCCUUUCUGGUUGACAGUACUCAACUGGAUAAUCCUGAUUACCAAUACAUUAUUGCCAUUAAUGGCAUGGUAGACCUUAGUCCUAAGAAGAGUUCUGCUGAAAACCAGUGUUCUGAAAGUGACACAGGUACUAAUUUGGAUCAAGAUCCAAGUUAUAAGAGACCUUCAUCUGUUUCUCUGCUUCCUUCAGAGAUCCUAGUUGAUAGUGACACCUCGCAUCCUGUUCAUAUCUCCCAAGGUCAGCAGCAUUGUGUGCUUCCUGUUUCUCCCUCUCCAUUUCAGGCUGAAGAUUCUAAUGGAUCUCAUUCACAAAUUAAUGGAAUUGAAUCCCAUGCUGAAAGCUGUGACUCUUUGACCGCUGCUCUAUUGUCACCAGAUAUCUCAAGCAGCGAUGUUACUUGCAGCAGGCCCUACCAACAAGGAACAAUAGAUUUGAUGAAUGUUCUUCAGAAGAUGCAGACAUGUACUAGCCAGUCGCAGGAAUUUGAUGGAAUGCAACUUAACUGUUCUGACCAUAAUGCUGAUUUUGUCCGUCCUUUAAUUGCGCAAAGUGGUGUUGGUAAGAAUCGUAAGAUGGAAGAUUUUUCUGAGAAGUUGGUGUAUAAUCAAAGAACGUCUAACUUCACAAUGCCAGGUUUCCACAUAGAAGAGCCUAUCAGUUUGCCUUCUGAAUCCACCAACCAUUGUGACACUCGUCAAGGAAUCCCAUACUCAUAUUCUGAUUCAAAGCUGGAAGAGCAUGAAAAACGAUCUGCUUACUUUCAACAAGAAGGAACUAGUCCGUCCUCACCCUUAAACUUCUCCAAGUCACAAAUAGAUCUGUCUGAUCUCAAAGUUCAGAGUGUUGCUUUAGAUAUCUGCUUGACAGGGCCCUUGAUAACCCAACCUCAUAGCAGUUGUGUUCCGCCGUCAAAUUCAUUUGCUGGAGAUAAGACCAUUUCUCACAGUGCCUUGAUCAGUGAUUAUAAGCACCAAGAUAUUGCAGGUAUUUCUCCUCAGGUAGAAUCAAUGGAGGCGUUGGUGGUGAAAUGCAACCAGGCUUCGAGGGUGCAAGUUACUGACCCAAGUCAAGAUCGCCGAGGACAGGACAUGUUGGUCCCUGUAUCUUCACAGGCUGAUUUCAGUUCUUCUACAGGGCACAAUGAUAUAGAGAAAACUUCCUCUGUAUUCUAUGAUCGGAUUACUGGCAAAGCACCUUGCACUUCGACUCUUACUGAAGGAAUUGAUGCUUCAUGGACCUGGAAUUCUGAAGUCGAGGGAUUAGUAUCAAAUACUACAUGUGAAAUAAAGAACACAAAUUAUCUUGUUGAUCUUUUAUCUGGGACACCCUACGUUUCUGUCUUCUCAGAACCAAAAACUCUCCAGCUUCUUACGGAUCAGAAGGAUGUUGAUUUUCUUAAACAUACUCCGAAAAGUUCUGCUAACUCAUAUGCCUUAGAAAUAGAGAAUCGUUCUGGUCAAGGAUCAAACUCAAACAGGAAUGAUGUGUAUUCUGAUCCACAGAAGCUGAUAAUAGACCCCAGAUUCAAUAGGGAGCUUUCUCUCAUUGACAGUGAUAUUUUGCCUAGUUUUGGAGGAAAACAUGAUAUUCAAGGUGGUGGAGAUGAUACACGGAAGUUUAAUAAGGACCACGCUGACACAGCCCGGCAGCUCCUGCUCAAAUCGCCUGCAGUUCCCGAGAAUAUUAUCAGCAGCAUUCCUCUUGUUGUUAUAGCUCCAUCAGCUUUUCCUGAAAGUUUGGAUUUGACUAGUAAGAGUGAAAUUCCAUCUGAAGCUGUUCCUGGUUUUGAAGUUACGGGCAGUGAAAUUAUAUCCCACAACACAUCAGAGCUACAUAAAAUUCAUGAUCCUGAGUCUGAGGAUCUCAAGAGUGCUGACCAAGGCAGGGAUGAAUCUGUUGAUGAUGCAAUUGUAGCUGAAAUGGAAGCCAACAUUUACGGCCUGCAGAUUAUAAAGGACUCUGAUCUAGAAGAGCUGAAAGAAUUGGGGUCUGGUACAUAUGGCACUGUCUACCAUGGGAAGUGGCGAGGUAGUGAUGUUGCUAUAAAGAGAAUCAGGAAAAGCUAUUUUGCAGGGAGAUCAUCUGAGCAAGAUCGGUUGGCACAGGAUUUCUGGAGAGAGGCACAUAUUCUUUCCAGGCUUCAUCAUCCAAAUGUUGUUGCGUUUUACGGGGUAGUUCCUGAUGGAGCUGGAGGAACCUUAGCUACGGUUACCGAGUUCAUGGUCAAUGGGUCACUCAGGCGUGCCCUCCAGAGAAAGGACAAAUACGUUGAUCAUCGGAAGAAGCUCAUAAUUGCAAUGGAUGCAGCUUUUGGUAUGGAAUACUUGCACUCGAGAAAUAUAGUCCAUUUUGAUCUAAAAUGCGAUAACUUGCUUGUCAAUUUAAGCGACCCACACAGACCGAUUUGCAAGGUAGGAGACUUUGGAUUAUCGAGAAUCAAAAGGAACACGCUUGUAUCUGGAGGUGUACGUGGAACCCUUCCAUGGAUGGCACCAGAACUGUUGAAUGGUAACAGCAGCCGAGUUUCUGAGAAGGUGGAUGUCUUCUCAUUCGGUAUCUCAAUGUGGGAGAUUCUGACGGGGGAUGAGCCUUAUGCAGAUAUGCACUACGGUGCGAUUAUCGGUGGUAUCGUGAAGAACACUUUGCGACCGGAGAUCCCCGGAGAUUGCGAUCCCGAGUGGAAGAAACUGAUGGAAGAUUGCUGGUCAACCGAACCCGAGUGCAGGCCUUCGUUCACAGGGAUAACCAACAGAUUACGGAACAUGUCCCACGCGCUUCGGACAAAACCUCAGAGAUCGUCACAUAACGAGGGUUCAUGACUUGACGCCAACAUCCUCGUCCUCGUCUCGUCUCUGUCUCAGCCGAGAGAAACCCUCUCCGAUCGUUGUGUUCCAAACGUGGACGGAGAGGACGACUGCUACUGCAUUGUAAGUCCCAAUCUUAUUUUUUCAACGCCCCAUUGUAUGUAUUGUAUAGUACGCUUCUAUCAAUUGUUAGGGUUUUGGGAAUGUACGAGUCAUCCAUUGCAAUAUUCUGUAGUUUACAUUUGAUCGAGAAAAGAAAAUUUGUCCAACCCAUUUGGUUUUAACUUUUAAAACUUUACUGGUCCAACAUGUG